AUGCCUGCCCAAUAUGACACGAACACCACGGCCAGCGAACUAGUCAACGACUACAAAUCUAUCAUCCAAGGCAAAACAAUCUUAAUUACAGGAGCCUCUCCAGGAUCCCUGGGUGGAUAUUACGCUCAAAAUAUCGCAAAUGCCAGCCCCGCUUGCAUCAUCCUUGCCGGCCGAAACAUAACCAAACUCAAGCAAUGUACCGAGGAAAUCCAAGCCGAAAGCCCAAACGUCAACAUCCGCACCCUGAAAUUGGACUUGAGCUCUUUGCAGGGUACGCGUGAUGCAGCUGCCGAGAUAGUAGACAACUGGAAUGACAUUCCUGUCAUCGACGUCCUGGUCAACAAUGCCGGGAUCAUGGCGCCAGACUACGGAGUUUCGGUGGAUGGGUUUGAGUCACAAUUUGCUACGAACCAUCUUGGUCCUUUUAUUUUCACGAAUUUGAUUAUGAAGAAGAUUCUCAAAUCUACGAGUCCGAGGAUUGUGAUGGUUGCUAGUGAUGGGCACCGACUUAGCCCGUUACGUUUUGAUGACUACAACUUCGAUGAGGGAAAAACCUACGAUAAAUGGGUUGCCUAUGGACAGUCUAAAACAGCCAAUAUGCUAAUGGCGUUGUCGUUGGCAAACAAGUUGAGCAUGAAGCAUGGCUUGCUUGCGUUUAGCUUACACCCCGGUGUUAUUCUCACGAACUUGGGCAGUCAUCUUGAUUGGGACGAUGUGGAUGCAAAAGGACUUUGGUCAACUGAUCGGCGACUGGGGAACGCCGAGGGAUGGAAAACAUCCUUUGAUUUCAAGGCACCGGAAAGAGGCGUCGCGACACAUUUCUAUGCUUCUUUCGACCCUCUUAUCAAAUCGCAUAAUGGCGCGUAUCUCAUCGACUCGCACAUCGCAGAUCCCUUGGUAGACACUCUUAAACCAUGGGCAACCAGUGACUUCGAAGCAGAAAGGUUGUGGAGAUUGAGUGAGAAGUUGGUGGGUGAGGAUUUCCCUUACUAG